AAGUAAUUUUGUGCUUUCAAAAGUUAAGUGAUCGCUGUGAACCUUUGUGUUAUUUGAAUUUUUAAUCGUUGCUGUUGAAUACGUGAAAGUGCAUUUCCUCAACCUGAAGAAUAUUCUAACUUCUUUCGUGGCAUUGGAUCAAAGGUCAGCUUUGACAGUGGAUUCCUCUUGCCCCAAAAGAAAAAAAUGCGAUAUGGACCGCGAACGCGAAAGAGAUACAAAAUCGCUCGAACCGCGCGAUCUAUCAUCGACGGGACGCAUCUUUGGCAGAGGCGAUAUUAAAAUAAGCGCUUCACCCACUGUCUCGCCCACGAUCUCUAAUUCUUCGUCGCCCACUCCCACACCGCCAGCUAGUUCAUCGGUACCACCGAUCGUUGGUGGUGGCGCUUCCAGCGCACCGGGCAGCACCUCCGCCGCUGGUGCUAGUUCCUAUUUGCAUGCAAAUCAUAAGCCCAUCACUGGAAUUCCAUGUGUGGCGGCUGCUUCGCGGUAUACUGCGCCCGUACAUAUCGAUGUGGGUGGCACGAUUUACACCAGCUCAUUGGAAACGCUCACCAAAUAUCCAGACUCAAAGUUGGCGAAACUCUUCAAUGGCACCAUACCGAUUGUGUUGGACUCGUUGAAGCAACAUUAUUUUAUUGAUCGCGAUGGCGGCAUGUUUCGACACGUAUUGAACUUCAUGAGAAACUCAAGACUUUUAAUUGCAGAGGAUUUCCCGGAUCUCGAGCUGUUACUUGAAGAGGCGCGCUACUUUGAAGUGGAGCCCAUGAUCAAACAGCUAGAGAGCAUGCGCAAGGAUCGUGUGCGUAACGGUAAUUAUCUGGUGGCACCACCAACACCACCAGCGCGUAUUAAAAGUAGUCCGCGUACGAAUUCUUCGCCGGAAUAUAACUACGAAGUAGUCGCAUUGCAUAUAUCACCCGAUUUGGGUGAACGCAUUAUGCUCUCUGCCGAACGUUCACUACUCGACGAAGUCUUUCCCGAGGCCAAUCAGGCCACACAGACCAGCCGCAGUGGAGUGUCAUGGAAUCAGGGUGAUUGGCGACAAAUUAUACGCUUUCCAUUAAAUGGCUACUGCAAGCUGAAUUCGGUGCAGGUGCUGACACGCCUGCUGAAUGCCGGCUUCACCAUCGAAGCGAGCACUGGUGGCGGCGUCGAGGGGCAACAGUUCUCCGAGUAUCUACUGGUGCGUCGGAUUCCAAUGUGAUAGUCCUAUGGAUGGCAAUUUAUUUACGUUAAAGUAAUUAUUUAAAUUUUUAAAAGACUUUCAGCGAAAAGAAAAACUAAAUAGAUAUUGAGUACUGAAAUAAUACUAAAUGAAAUUAAUAAAUAAUUAAGGAGGCGAGAAUUUGAGAAAAAGAGCAAAAUGAAAAAAAAAAAUGAAAUUGAGGAGUUUUUAAAUGCAAUGAGGGCACACACAGAUCUGGUGCGGUGCAGCAAUUUGAGUGUGGUGCAACCUGGUUGGUGAGAACCUGCGUCAUGCCGUGACAUGCAAUUUUAAUGAGCUCGUAGUCUAUACAAAACAAUAUACAUACAUACAUACAUACAUGCAUAGUUAUACUCAAUGUAACUAAAUUAAUUGAUUAGUGUUUUAAGCUCUUAGAGUUAAUUGAAAACUAAAAUACGACGCAUUAAAUAAAUGUUUUGAUUUUUUUUUACUAAAUACUUUUAGUUUAAAUAAAUUUAAUUUAAACACAUACAUAUGUUAAUUGCAUGUACUGAUUUGCUUUACGAAUUGACUUAUUGUACAAUUGUUAGCCAGGAGAUAAAAAUCUAAAUUAUAAGAAAAUUGUUUACCACUCUGCUUGGCUUUGUGUUAAUUUGUUUUAAGAAAAAUAUUUUUGAUCCCAAUUUGGUAUACUGAUUAGAAAGAUAAUAGAAUUUAGCAGUAGCCAAUACACAUACAUGCAUUCAUACAUUCGUAUACAUACGCAUUUAUUAAGUAUGCUUGUAUUGCAUUUCAAUUCAACGUUUUAUGAAUGUAACUUUUGCAGAAAUCAAUAGAAAAAACAAACCAACGAAACAAAACAAAACCGAUGAAAACCAGAAAGCAAAUUAAAUGUAUUUUGAAAAAAAAAAACAACAAUAAAUAAAACCCAUGGAUACACGCAUGCAUCGCAUAAGAUGUAUCAAAAA